GCCUUGGACUCCGCCCCGACCUUGUCAGCUGCAGCGCGGCGACACACGUUUUCGGCAGCAGUUUCGAAUGGGCCCGGGCCUUGUGCCUGAUGACUUCGACGGUGGAGGCCCAACUCAAGCUGGACUCCAUCCUUCUUCGGACGGUAGUGAGUGCCUGUGAAGGCAGCAUCCAGGGGACACAGUGGGCGCGUGCCGCGUCAGUUUUCCAUUCUAUGCGGCCACUGACGCUGGAGCAAGAGGCCGUAGCUUUCAAUUCCGUGCUCAGCGCUUCCGAGAAGG